GUACUCGUGUAACUUGGUGACUCGGGAGAAAAUUCAAACAAGCUUGAAUUUCUCCAAGAGUGACGUACACUUGUGGUUGAACAUUUCCGUACUGACUCUUGCGGUUACGGUAGGAACUCCUGGAACAGAGGGGACAGAAGAUUUAUUGAGCUGAAGUGGGAGCGCGGGGGCCCUUCCAGUAUGGACGACCAAAAUACAAAAAAAACUGUUCUCCACUUCCGCGUUCAACGCCUUUUUGUCAUGUUUCUGGUAUUGCUGCCAAUACUGAUGCUGAUCCUAAACUUGCAUCUCAUCAAGUUCAAUACGUAUUCAAUUUCUGAAUCGGGCUCCCAAAGGAGCAGAUAUCCACCUCCGAAGAAUCAUUCCACAAUAGGACAAGACAUGCAAAUGUUGAAAAAUGAUUGGGCACAUAAGCUGGUGGGGUAUGGCUACCAGAAUCACUGCUUCACCCCUCAAGAAAGGUCAGAGGGCACAGUCCUGAUCAAAAUGCUUAAAUGGCCAACACCUCCCAAAUCUGCCGUGCCUUAUCAGAAGAGCAGCGACCCAUCGCGUGUUCGCUUUGUUAUUUUGGAUUCCGGGAAGACUUUCUAUGUCGGCGAUCAAUUGCAAGUGAUGCUGCGUAUGUUUGAUUUUGAAGGAAAUCCGAAACAAUAUGGGGGCGAUUAUCUCCAAGCGCGGAUCCACACGCCAGAGUUAAAGGCCGGAUCAGCAGGAACAGUCAUAGAUAACCAAAAUGGAUUGUAUUACAUAAAUUUUAUUUUACUCUGGCCGGGGAAAGUCCAAGUGUCUGUCACCUUGGUUCAUUCUAGUGAAGGGGUCCAGGUGCUUCAGAGAAUGCGAGAAGAACAGCCAUUUAGAGUGUUUUUGAAAAGUACCUUCAAAUACGGGGCGAUUGCAGAUGCCACGGUGUGCAAUCUCUUUUUACCUCAGACUAAACCACUUUGUAAUUUUACUGAUCUUAAGACUGGGGAGCCCUGGUUCUGUUACAAACCUAAAAAGCUUCCUUGCUCUGCUCGUGUGAAUUAUGACAGAGGAGGAUAUAUGAAGCCCCUAUUAAUUGAUGAUGAACUCAAGUUUUUCCAAAGUAAAGUCAACAUCAAGAUGCGUUUAUUACCCAAUGCCACUGAUUAUAUAAUGGUGAAACCUUCGCCGCGGGCAAUUGCAGUUCUUGGUAAGUGUAUCCGGGGAAAACCAAUGACAACACCAUCUGGCUUUUAUUAUAAGAACCAGUGGAUGUCAACAACCUGCAAUAUUCGUCACUUUAACACUCCUGCAAAUGUUACAUCCUGUCUUCGUGGGAAAAGGAUUUAUCUGAUUGGCGAUUCCACAAUCUACCAGUGGUUUGAAUACUUGGCUAAAUUUCUUCCAGGUCUCAAUUCAUUUGACCUUGGCUAUUCUGGAAAUGCUGGACCUCUCUGCGCUUUGGACAAGGAACACAACAUCAUGGUGGAGUUUUCCGUACAUGGUCCACCAGUUCAAUUCUAUAAUAUUUGGAGUCAGCAAUUGCGGUACAUUUCAAACAAAAUAGAUGAAAUUAAAGGAGGGAGAAACACAGUUAUCGGAAUUACCUUAUGUGCCCAUUUUACCGCUUAUCCGAUAGAAGUGUAUAUUUGGAGGCUGCAGUCCAUCCGGAGAUCAAUUCUACGACUGUUGGGCAGGAGUCCGGAUACAUUGGUGGUGAUAAAGACAGCGAACGUACGCGCUCUCACACAACGUCUCAGCAUCUACCAGAGUGACUGGUUUUCCUAUCAGCUUGAUUCAGUGCUGAGAAGGAUAUUGGCUGGCAUCAACGUAGCAUUUGUGGAUGCAUGGGAAAUGACCAUAGCCCACUACCUGCCCCAUAACAUACACCCUCAUCAAGUCAUUGUAAAGAAUGAAAUAGAUGUGUUUCUUUCAUAUAUGUGCCCUUCUGAGAAUAAUUAAGCAGUUUUAUUUGUUCCGUUGUGACAUAAUCAAAGGUUUGCCUGAACAACCUAAAACCGAUUAACAUUUGAAACGUUGAUAUCAGCUUCCUUUUGCGCUAUUUAACACUUCAAUUUUGUAGGAAUAUGCAAUGAUUUGGUUAAAGAAAACUAUCUUUUAUUUUCUUACCCCUCUGCAUUAUCUUGAAUUAUGUGUGAGUCAGUAAAUAAUUUUGGUAUUAUCUAAACUGACGUAUGAAAUUAAAGCGGAGAAUGCUGGCUUGUUGAGUGCUUCCAGCAUUUUCUGUUUUCCAGCCUCAACAAUCUCUUGAUUUUCCCACUUGCGACCGGAACGAUCCCAGCAUGAGUGACCUUUCCACGUGCUCCUGUAUGUUCCGCUUGUUGCUCCCCAACUACCCUACGUUAUGUUUACCAAGAUAAAGGCUCCAAAGGCUAGAAUUUCUCGGCCUUUUUUUAAGUUUUUGCCAGUGAACGAUCUUGCCAAUUUUAAUGAGUAUGCAUUUAAAGAAGACAUCUGCUAACAUAUUCUAAUUUGUUUACCAUUGUGUCCCUUUAAUGUGCUGUUCCAUUGCGUGUGAUUUAAUCUUUAGUUUCUUAGGAAGCUCCAGAUACCAAACACUCUUCUACCAGCUAGCCACUUCAUAAGGUCAUAAGGUCAUGUGAUCGGAGCAGAGUUAGGCCAUUCAGCCCAUCAAGUCUACUCCGCCAUUCAAUCAUGGCUGAUCUAUCUCUCCCUCCUAACACCAUUCUCCUGCCUUCUCCCCAUAACCCCUGACAGCUGUAUUAAUCAUGAAUCUAUCUAUCUCUGUCUUAAAAAUAUCAAUUGACUUGGCCUCCACAGCCUUCUGUGGCAAAGAAUUCCACAGAUUCACCACCCCUGUUCAGAGCAUGCCUUAAACAUUUCUUCUCAGGCAUGAUUCAAUGCACUAGUUAAAUCAUAAACCUGGAGUAAUCAGAGGAAUUAUGCCCUCUCUCUAUGUCUUUCUGACUCUGCAUUCAUCUCUAAUUGUCUCUCUUGUUCACUCUCUCUCUCUCUCUCUCUCUCUCUCUCUCUCUCUCUCUCUCUCUCUCUCUCUCUCUCUCUCUCUCUCUCUCUCUCUCUCUCUCUCUGUUGCGCACCCUUCUUACUCUCUCUCAAGGCUCAUAAGGUCAUAAGGAAGAGUAGGAUUAAGCCAUUUGGCCCAUCAAGUCUACUCCACCAUUCAAUCAUGGCUGAUCUAUCUCUCCCUCCUAACCCCAUUUCCUGCCUCCCCAUAACUUCUGACACCAGUACUGAUCAAGAAUCUAUCUAUCUCUGCCUUAUAAAGUGUUCACUGAUGGCCUUCACUGCCUUCUGUGGCAAAGAAUUCCACAGAUUCACCACCCUCUAAAGUAAUUUAUCCUCAUUUAUCCGAAAAGAUUGUCCUUUAAUUCUGAGGCUAUGACCUCGUCCAAGCUUUUCACAUAAAUUCCGAUAGCUUUAAUAAAUUCAUGAUAAUUCCUUACAGUGGGUGCACACAGUGGAAUUAAACAUAAUGGAUGCAAUUCCGCAUGUAGACAAAAUACCCGUCUCUUUUUGUCUCUCGGAAUUUGUCUCCAUCUCUACUUGUCUAUCUUGCUGUCUCUUUCUCUCUGUUGCUCGCCUUUCUUACUCUCUCAAGGCUCAAAUAAAAUCUGCUAACUUUAAUCAAUUUUUGUGAAUUCUAUGUAGGUUUUAAUUUUUAUCCAAAGAUUUAUAGGUUAGCCGAAGGGUCAAGAAAUUGAGAAGGUUUACAGGUUCACUGAGAAAUUACAGCUAUAAAACAGGGAUACAUCCCCCAUCAGUGGGAUUGGUUGGUCGUCAGAGCAGUUUUUUCUUUUGUAUUAAUUAGGGGCAACAAUGAUCUUGGUUUUCUGCUCCGACCCGAUCUUCAUUCACUUCAGCCAUUUGUGAAGUCAUUGCGGGCACUGGACUUUUUCUCCUUAACUGUAACACUAUUUUCCUUAACUGUAAUUGCCUUAGCAGCAACGGGAGCCUCAGCGGUGGUGGGGCCUCGCGAUCGACCCGCAAUCAGCGGUCGAUGAGCGUGAGGGGGCAGGGGAAAACAAUGGGG